UCACCCCCUAUAUCUUCCGGUUAGACGUAGUCCUACGUCAAAAAUCAUAUUUUUUUGCAAUUCGAAACUGCCUUAGGGCCGACUAAUCUGAUAGAAAAUAGGCCUCAUACAAACUAAUGUCGUAUCCAGAUGUCGACACCAUUUCGCCGUCAACGCGAAUAGACGGUGUGUUCAAAAUUUCUCCACAAAACCAAAUGUCUUCAUAGUAAAACAAAUGUCUUCAUAAUGACAUGUCCUCGAACCUGGCAUCUUUGAUUUGACAAAAAAAAGUUUGACACCCCCAUAAAUUCUGAUUUAUUUGCUUGCAUCAAAAUCCGUCUACAUUUUGACAUUCGGUAAAGUGAGAGUCGAAAAGGUUAACCAGCAUGUAAACAGAGAGAGAUUUGUUGAAAAGAGCAGAAAUAGCCUGAACUGGAGAGAGUGGUAUCGAUUCAUUCCCAGAAGAGCGUAUCAAAACAGCGUGCACAAUUCGUAACUCUCACUUUAUCUUCAAUGAAAUGACACAUAAACAAGUGAACGUCAAAUCGGUAAAAAGGCAAAAUUACCACGUCUACCCGCGAUCGGACGACGAAUCGCUUUCGGAAAUUUUAACCACUAUUUUGUCGCGUAGAAAUAGAAUUUUCCUUCGAACAGACAUGGCCAUAUGAAGUUGAACAGUGACGAAAGGAUUUAAAUUUACAAAGUCAGCAAAAAAAGACAAAAUGCAGUCAAGCCAUUUCGCCGUGGUUUUGCUGAUGCUGGCAGUAACAUUGUGUGCCGUUUCGGCACAUGGCUGGGGUUCCGCGGACAUGGAAAUCUUUGAUCUCGUUGAGGAGGUCAACGAAAACUUCUACGAUCUGAUGAAGAUCAAUCAGAACGCAACAAGUCAGGAGAUAAAGCGAGCCUUCCGGACACUAUCGGUGGUGCUGCAUCCGGACAAGAGCGACGCUGAGGAUGCGAAUAUCAAGUUCAGGAAUCUGGUCUCAGUUUACGAAAUAUUGAAGGACUCGGGCAAGAGAGAGAUUUACGAUAAGGUUCUGAAGGAGGGUCUUCCCAAUUGGAAGUCCGCACUGUAUUACUAUCGACGGGUGCGAAAGGUUGGACUGGCCGAGGGAGCCGCUAUUUUGCUUAUCGUGGCAACGGUGAUGCAAUAUUUCAUUGCUUGGGCUGCGUAUGCAGAGAAGAAGUAUACCGCUGAACAACUUUUUGGAAGUAAGCUCAAAAAGCUGCAAAAGAAAAAUAAGACCAAUGUAGACAUCGACACGAUUCUGAGCGAAAUUCCUACGCCAAGCGUGUUCAAUACGCUACCGUUUCAAAUUCCGCUGUGUUUGUGGCGAACUGUGACUGGAACUCCGGGUGCAUUGAAGUCGGCAGUCAGCUUCUACGUUGAACAGAGAAGACUGGAAGAGGAGCGCAAACUGAAAGAAAAGGAGGAAGAGGAACUUCAGCAGAAGCUAGAGGAGGAGCGCGCUCGCGAGAAGGAGAACCGUACACUACGCAAGCGCAACAAGAAAUUCGUGGCUCCCGAGAAGACCGACGAGGAGCUGGCAGCUUACACGCAGAGUAUCAUCAAAAGCUCCGGCCAAGCGGAUGAAGCAUCCGGUCGCUCGAAACCAAAGCCCCUGGUCACCGGUGGACUCUGGACCGAGGAUGAUUUGAACGAGUUGGUGAGGCUGGUGAAAAAGUAUCCCGGGGGAACCACAGAUCGGUGGGAGAUCAUCGCGGAGAUGAUGGGCCGAUCGGUUUCGGAAGUGACCUUCAUGGCUGCCAAGAUGAAGGAUGGUGGGUAUAAGGUGGCUGGUCAAACGGAGAGCGUGGCGGAAGCGAUCGUGCAGGAUGCUGUCAAGUUGAAGGUGAAAACGAAAAAACCCGAGCAGGGGGCUGCAGCGGAAGCGAACACAAACUGGAGCCAAACCCAGCAAGCGGCAUUGGAGUCGGCAAUUCAGAAGUAUCCGAAGAGUGGUUCCUCGGAUCGGUGGCAGAAGAUUGCCAACAGUGUGCCGGGUAAGAGCAAGGAGGAAUGUAUGGCACGAUAUAAAUAUUUAGUCGAGUUAGUCAAGAAGCAGAAAGGAGAAAACAAGGAGAAGGACACUGCGGAGACGGUUGCUGCUUCCAACGGGGAGCAGCCACUUGAGGAAGAGCGAGCGGACGAAGCGAAGCCUAAUUCGAACGGGAAGCAAAAUCGGAAACAGGAGGCAGUGGAAGACCAUUCAGAAGAUCCGGAAGGUGAGGCCGGAUCAGCUGGAAAACCUGCGAGCGGAGGAAAGGCAAAGAAUAAACGACGGGAGCGCAAAAAAGUCAUCGAAUAUUAUAGCUACGAAGAUUCCGGAGAAGGUAGUGACGCUGAAGAGAUUUAGCUAAGUUCGGUGAUUGAACUUUCAACGUGUUCUAGAAAGAAGUGUGACUAAUGAUAAUAAAGAAGCACAAAAACUCA